AUACGUUGGUAUUGCCGUCAUAUCUAUCAUUGUGGUGCCAAUUAUCUUCCACUCACUGAAAUGGUAUCACAUUCUGGUUGCCUAUGUAAUUGCUCCAGUUUUGGCCUUCUGCAAUUCUUAUGGAAGUGGCCUCACAGAUUGGUCUUUGGCCUCAAAUUACGGAAAAAUUGCAAUCCUUACAUUUAGUUAUUGGGUUGGUUUGCAAAAUGGUGGAGUGAUUGCUGGCCUUGCUUCAUGUGGAUUGGUGAUGAGCAUACUCGACACAGCUGCUGGCUUGAUGGGAGAUUUCAAGACUGGUUACUUAACGCUAACAUCGCCGCGUUCCAUGUUCUUUAGCCAAGUCAUUGGAACUGCCAUGGGCUGUGUGAUAACACCACUAGUUUUCUGGAUUUUCCACAGUGCCUAUAAAUUGGGUGAUCCAGAAGGUUCAUACCCUGCACCGUAUGCAUUGAUGUAUUUGGUUCUUUGUGGCUGCGAUUGUGAUCAACUUACUGACUCAGCUGCUGAAAAAAUUCGAGACCAAGUAUAG